AUGGGCUCCACCACAACAAACACGAUGCUCCCCCCAAAUAACCCCAUUACUCCCUUCUGGCGCACCCAACUCGACCCGCUCGAUGAUAUCCGGAGCACGCCCGACCUGCCCCCGCAAAGCGACAUUGUCAUCAUUGGCGGCGGCUACUCGGGCAUCACCCUAGCUUACUAUCUCCUCAAACAGCUCGCCGAGCAGGGUGACAAGACUACUACUAUUACGCUGCUCGAGGCGAGGCAGAUUUGCUCGGGCGCGACGGGUCGAAAUGGUAUGUCCCUAUCCAUACCUAAGUAUGGGGUACACGAGGUUAACCUUGAAAGUGAAGGCGGCCAUCUCCGCCCCGACAUUUACGGUCACAUUCCCACCUACAUUGAGCGCUCCGGGCUAGAAGCGGGUCUGGAGAUCGCCGAGUUCGAAUACGCCCAUAUCCAAGCGCUGAAAGAUCUCCUCCGCGAGGAAAACAUCGACUGCGAUUUGAACAUUACCCGGAACAUGAAUGUGUAUCUAGAUGAAGAGUCGGCAGAGAAAGCCAAGCUCGCGUAUGAGAUGUUGCAGGCGAAGGGGGUCAAAUUAGCCGAGGACUUGCAUUAUACGGGGAAAAGGGAUGCGGAGGUGAUAUCAGGCGCUCACAACGCCAAGGCCUGCAUCUCCUACACAUCAGGCACACUCUGGCCCUACAAAUUCAUUCUCGGCCUACUAAGCAAAAUCAUCAAAUCCCCGCAAUUAAACGUUCAAACCCACACCCCAGUGACAUCCAUCACUACAGAAGACAACAUCCACACCAUCUCCACUCCCCGCGGCACUCUCCGCACCGGAAAAAUUGUCUACGCGACAAACGCUUACACCGCCGGCUUACUCCCCGAGUAUUCGGCAAACAUCAUCCCCUGCAAGGGAAUAUGCUGCCAUAUCACGGUCCCUGAGGGAGAGGGCAAGAAACCCGCACCGUUCCUCCCAUACUCAUAUGCAAUCGGGUACGGAUCCGACGUUGUCGGCGGGGGCAGCUAUCUGAUUUCCAGACCGGAUGGGAGUAUUAUUGUGGGUGGUGCGCAAGCAACCUUUAAGGAUAAGCGGGAGGAGUGGUAUGGUGUUGUGGAUGAUACGACGUUGAUUGAUUCGGCGAAGAAUUACUAUGAUGGGUACAUGCAGCGGACAUUUCGGGGGUGGGAGGAUAGUGGGGCGUAUGUGAAGGAGAUUUGGACAGGUGUUAUGGGCUACUCGGCCGACUCGCAUCCGCAUAUCGGCGAAGUUCCCAAUAAACCCGGCCAGUAUGUCUGUGCUGGGUUUAAUGGCCAUGGAAUGCCGGUGAUUCUGCUGUCCGCCAAGGGACUGGCGGAGAUGAUUCAGAAGGGGAAGAAGUUCGAGGAGACGGGGAUGCCACGAUUGUUUAAGACGAGUGUAGAGAGGAUGGAGAAGGCGAGGAAUGGGCCGGAGGGGGGAGAUAUCUUUGCAUAG